AUGGAAUCCGGCGACAAGCAAUCCCAAUUAAAUGCUAAUGAAUUAAUAGCACUCCAGACAUUUCUUAGUGAUUCAGACUCAGCAGCAGCUCUUUGUACUACUGAGGUCGUUGAUCCCAUUGGACUUCAAUUUAUUCCAAAAUCCACAUGGGCAAAUUAUAAAUUAACUUCUGUAUCAGCACUUCAUGAUUCGUAUUUCAGCAAGAAGAAUUCCGUAACACGCCGUUUUGAGCACAAGCUUUGGAAUUGCCUCCGUAUUACUCAAGUUUUCCCAAGCUUAACAAAAAUCAUCGGUGUAUGCUGGGUUGACAACCGCAUUAUCAAAGUAUACAAGCACCCAUUUGCCAAAUUCCUUUCUAUUCAAUGCGUUGAUGGCGCCUUAUUCCAUAAACAAGGAAACUUCUCAAGGCAUGGUUUUGUUGAUAUGUCAGAGCAAGAAGCUCAGCAGCAAUUAUCUCCAGAAGCUUAUGCCGAUGUUGAUUUCCGUGAUGUCCAUUUGAUUUAUCAUCAAAACGGUCAGUUCACAGCAGAUGCAACAGAAGAAUCCAUUGCUAACUGCAAGUGGGUAGAUCCUGCUCCGGCUACUCGCGUCGCUGCAUUGAAGCUUAAUAACCCUUCUGCAGAAGCACAAAUGACUCUCGAGUAA